AGGUAGAACGCGAGCAGGAACAAGCCCUAAGCAGCAACGCCGAGGGCUGCAGGUGAGCCCGGAGACCGGCUUACAGGCCUUCUCUUCAUUGGUUCAGGAGCUUGCCAAUUACGGCUACACACUGCAAAUUCUCCAAUCAAAUACGCUCUCUCUAGCAGGUCAACGUCGUAGCCAAUCGCUUUCCAGAGAGUUAUGUUUUCCUCUCUAUAAUUGAUAGCUUUGGAAAGCCACUCUUUUCCUCCCAGAAAGGGGCAGGACUUGAUGGGACAUUGCUAAGCGACCAAGAUGCGCGCGGGGUCCGUGCGGUGAACCAAACAGCGGAAGCGCUGAGGUAUCUGCGGGAUGGACCGCAGCCAGCCGCCUUUAUCCACUCAAGCCAGCCCCCUUGGAGAUGCUUCUCUGAGUGACAGCCACUACUGGUCGUCUGGAAGCCAGAGCUGGUGUCCUAAGGCCCGGAGCCCAUCCAGGUCCCAGGCACCCAGACUCCCGCAGGCUCUCACGGACAGAGCCGCAGGGCCUGGGUCCCCUGAGCCAUCCCAAGAGUCCUGGCCGUCCACGUCAGGGACGCCUUCUCCACCCCCCACCACUGAGGGCCCAUCACCCACCCCAAUUGACAGCGGGGACUCCGUGGUGGCCAAGUACAUCAACAGAUUCCGCCAAGCUCAGCCUACAAGCAGGGAGGAGCGCCAGCCGGCUGGCCCAACCCAAGCUGACUUCUGGUGGCUGCAGCCCGAGUCUCCAGUCCCCAGUGGUCGAGUGGUAGCAGCAGGAACUGACAAGCCCAAAGGAAGACGGGACCCAGCCGUCCCAGCUCCCGUCAAGGUGAACAGUGCAUCCCUGGCCAUGGCUCCACUUCAGGAAAUGAAGCAGAGCCUGAACACAUGGAACUCGUCCCUGCUGGACCUGGAGACGCUGAGCCUCCAGACUCGGGCUGCCAAGCUGCUCAAGCGCAGCAAAGCCGCCACCUCCUCCUCCUUAAGCCCCAGCAACACCGGCAGCUCCUCCUUCCCUGUCAGCUCCGAUGGCAUCUCUCACUGUUCCGUGACCCUGAGCCCUGAGUCCAGCGAGGGCUGUGUCCCCGGAAAAGAUGCAGCCCCUCCCACGCCCGCCCCAGCUGCCACCUCCUCCCAGGCCCCCCUGCGCCCAGAGGAUGACAUUUUGUACCAGUGGCGGCAGCGGAGAAAGCUCGAACAAGCAAGAGGGGGCAAUGGAGAUGGCCCCUGGGUGCUGCCCCAGACCCCUGCUCUCAGUACCCCUACCUCUUCUGUCCCGGCUGUGAUCCCUGGCUCCAUGAGGACCCAGCCUAGCCAUGUUCCUGUGUGUGGUGGUGUGGCUCAGCCUGGUGUCCCGGAGGCCUAUCUGGAGAGGCCUGCUGCUCCUCCGGGGGUCUCUCCAAAUGUCUAUUGGGUCCCCAAUCCUCAAGGAUUUUUCUGGGCCCCACAGUCUGGUCCUUGGAUGUCUCUUUUUCCUCCCUUACCACUCACAUCUGCUACCCCAGUCCCCAUCCCAGUUCCCCUGGCCUCUACCCCAUCACCCUCAGCCUUCACCCCAGCGCCCCCAGGUUCCACCCCGGCACCCUCAGGCUGCACCCCAGCAUCCCUGACUUCCUUUCCUACACCCUCAGCUGCUCCCCAGGGCCAACCUGUCAAUGAGCCAGGCAGGUCCAUGCGGCUUGAAGAGCCAGGUCCCCAGCCUCAGAGGAGCAGAAUCCCCCGCUGGGAGGCUGCUGGCCAAGUCUCAGCAACUGGUGAGGUGCCCGACUCACCCCUCAGGGGUGCCCUAGGCCAGGUAGUGACAGAUCGCCUGUUCCCGGACAGCCUGGAGGACCUGUCCCCUCACCUCGUGGGCCCGCCUCCUCCAAAGGCCAGAUCUCGGAAAACCAAGGCCCCGCUGCUUCAGGCCAGGGCCACGCCCCCUCGCUCCGAGGCCCAGGGUGGAUCUACAGCAGAGCCUGGGAAAGUUAAGGCCGUGCCGCCUGCUGAAGAUGGGCACCGGCAGCCGGAGGUCCCAUGUCCUGCAGCUGAGGAGGCCCGCACGAUUGUCCAGGCACCACAACCCGGCUUCUUAGGCGCUGCCACCCUUGAAGCUGCAGCCACGCUCUCGCCUGCUGCUGACCGUGGCCCCUCAGAAGAUGUGCUCUCCCAGGCCACCCGCCUCCUGGAGGCCGCUGACGACUCCGAUGGCAGUGAGUUCCAGGAUGACCCCGUGCUGCAGGUGUUGAGAGCUCAGAGGGCACUGCUGCGGCAGCAGAAAAGGAAAGUGGAUGCGCGAUUGGCCCUCUUGCUGGACUGUGUGGAAGAGCCUGGAGACUGGUCCCCUCCAGCCGGCUCCCCGUCCAGGUCCCCAAGGAGGCGGCUGAGGAGGGAAGGGGCUUCCUUGGAGGCCCGACGACUCUGAGUUGAAUACAUUCCAUCUUGCCCAUGA